GAUUCGGCUCACUCGCUACCUCUUUGCGGAUACUCUGUGCCUCGGAGCCUGGUGCAGAGAAAAACCUCGGGAUCUUUGCCUCGCGAGCUCUGUCUCUCCUCCUUCCUCUUUCCCCCCCCUUUUUUCUCCCCCCCAAAAAAUAAAACAAACUUGAUUCGACAGGAGGGGCAUCGGUGCAGAUCUCUCCUGAUGCAGGCCAUCAAGUGCGUGGUUGUGGGGGACGGUGCUGUAGGUAAAACAUGCCUACUCAUCAGCUAUACCACCAAUGCAUUUCCUGGAGAAUAUAUCCCAACAGUAUUUGACAACUAUUCAGCUAAUGUUAUGGUAGAUGGGAAGCCAGUGAACCUGGGACUUUGGGACACAGCAGGUCAGGAAGAUUAUGAUCGACUCCGACCCCUCUCCUACCCACAGACGGAUGUAUUUUUGAUCUGCUUUUCACUCGUGAGUCCAGCAUCCUUUGAAAAUGUCAGAGCAAAGUGGUAUCCAGAGGUGCGACAUCAUUGUCCAAACACACCAAUAAUCCUGGUGGGAACAAAGCUGGAUCUGCGGGAUGAUAAAGACACCAUUGAAAGGCUAAGGGAUAAAAAGUUGGCACCCAUUACGUACCCACAAGGCUUGGCGAUGGCCAGGGAGAUAGGUGCUGUGAAGUAUCUGGAAUGCUCUGCUCUUACUCAGCGGGGUCUAAAGACGGUCUUUGAUGAAGCAAUUCGAGCCGUGCUGUGUCCACCACCUGUAAAAAAGCGUAGAAAGAAGUGCACUGUUUUCUAGGAAGAGGCUGUCCAAGAACCAUACCUUCACGGCAACGCAAUCUGCUGGUAUUUUAUCCAAAUCGUGGCCCUGUGUGGAAUGAGACUGCAGAAGAGAGUGUUCUUGUCGCCUCUCUUGUUGGAACAGCUAGCCUUGAGCGUCAAGUCCUGAAGUCAGUAAUUACUCUCUUAGCAAUGUGUUGGAUUUUUAAUGUGAGGCAAUGUGACCGUCUUCAUGAGUGGACUCCAUUUUGUUUUAAGCUGCAGUAUCCCCACUUUUGGUAGUUUUAUCCAACUCAAUGCAGUGAUUGCCAAAUUUAUUCUUCCAUUGUGGAAUCAGUAUUACUGGGUCAUUUCAUCUUUGUGAUCUUAACUUUUUGAUUUUUAAUGUGAAGCUGGACUAUAUGAAAACACGGAUUUGGAUUCCCUGUUAAUCUGCUUUAUCUGCAACUUCACUGCCAGAAAACAUGAUCCCUGAUUGUUUCUCUGUGCAGUAGCUGUUUAGACCUUCAUAAUCGGUUCACUGCCCUUAUUGGUGCUGUCUAAUAUUAUCAGGACGUUUAGACCUAUGCAUAGCAGAUCACAUUAACAAUUAUUAAAGUCUGGACUCCUGUUGCAUUGCCAUUUAUUGUGGCAACAUUUUAAACAUUGUUUCAGAUAAGCAUUUAAAUAUUCUGAGUCCCUCAGAGGACAUGGAAGUUUAUUAAGAUUUUUGUGUAAAUUAACUUUUUUUUUGCACAAUUUACUUUGGCUUUUUUCUAACUACAUGGUUAUAGGAAAUCAAAAUGAGGGAUACUGCAGUGUUAAUUAUUGUAGACAUACUUAUGACCUUCCUGUAAGUGGCUCUGAUUAGUAUGGGAUCACUGAGUGCAGCAUGGGUAAAAUGCAAAUUUAAAGGGGGAGGGGGGAAGGGGGGAAAGGCUUGUGUAUGUGAAAGACUUGCGUGAUAAAGGCUUUCUGCUGGUUAUGUAAAGUCGGUGUUUAAUUGUUCUAUUCAUUAACUUUAUUACAACACUAGCAGACUUAUGUUAUGACAGAUAAUUGAUCAGGGUUUCUCCAUUCCACAUAUUACAUAGAAACUGCACAUGCAGUUUGUAAUUAGCAAUGUGGCAUUCACGUGCUCCAGCUGGUACUAACAAACCAGUUUUGCCAACAUGCUGUCUUCUCUUCAUAUGUAUCACUGGCCUGCAUGAUUUGACCCCUAAUACUUUAUUCUAAUAUAACAUCCCAGCCUUAACCCAAUGAGAGCUCCGGCACUCCCAGGAACAUCAGUGUUUAUUUUUGUCUUGUUUUUUGUGAUAUCUUAAAUGCAUUCAUACAAGUUUGGAGAUUUCUAAUGAUACAUUCUCAAGGUGCAAACUCUUGAACCAAAAUGUGUUUUAAAAUGAAUUUCAUUAAAUAUUGUAGUAUCCUCAUUA